GCGAAAUCAUCGAUCAGGUUUGGGGACGGGGGAGGCGGAAAAAAACACACCACGCCGACCUGAACGGGCAGAGAGGAAAAACAGGAGCAACGAGGGAAGCGGAGCGUCAGAACAGGAAGGCGAGGGAACCGAGUAAGAGGCGGCGAGCCUCUCCGUCAAGGGAGCCUUCCCAAUCGGACCAAGUAGGAAUUGAUCAGGAAUUGAUCCUGCGCUCCGGACUGCCAUUCAAAUCGCGGGAGGUUUGCCUGCUGUAAACCCUCCUUCUUUCAGCGGGGUGGGGGAGAAGCCAGCCAGCUCCUGGAGGGAUUUCUCCUUCUCUCUUUUGGCAAACAGGUGAUCUCUCUCUGCGUGCGAUUCUUUAUUCCCACCCCCUCCUCCCGCCGUCCCGUUUCGCCCCCAUCCCAAACCGUACACUUCUUUCCCUUCCCACCCCCCACCCCGGCUGGACUACUCCCUCCUUUGGAGAACACGCCCAAGUAGGCUGAAGAAGAGAGAGAGAGAGAGAGAGAGAGAGAGAUACACACACACACACACAGAGAGAUAGUAACAUUGAACCUGAGGGGAAAUCCUCCAGAGCUGCUGCGCGCUGCGAGAGGGAGAGAGAUUAUUGGAGCCUAUACAUGUGGUGUGGGGUGUUCUCUCCCCCCACCUCUCCCCUUCUUCUCUUCCCCCAGCGCGCUCUAAAGUGUUACGUGUGACAGGCAUACAAAUCCGGGAUAGAGAAGGAGUGAAGGGAGAGAGAGAGAGAGAGAGAGAGAGAGAGACCCAGCGGAGAGGGCGAUGGUGAUUGUCUCUUGGGAUUUACAAACACCCACCGCUCGCUCCGGGUGGCUCCGAUCUCAGGAGGGCUGGACUGUUUUGUCUGCACUACUUUGACCUGGCGUUGCACUGUCUGAGGCACCGAGAAGUUAACCAGCGCGCAAAGAGUGUGAGGGAGGAAUUACUACUACUAUUACUACUGCUGCUGCUGCUGCUUUUAUUAAUAUUAUUAUAAGGGAAAAAAAGACAUAAUUUCGCAUGUUGAUCUGAAACCCAACAACCAACGAGGAAUAUGAACAGGAAAACCAGGCGCUGGAUAUUCCACAUCUUUCUGAGCCUAGGGAUUGUCUAUAUCAAAAUUGGGGGCUUCUCCUCCGUCGUGGCUCUGGGGGCCAGCAUCAUCUGCAACAAGAUCCCGGGCCUAGCUCCUCGGCAGAGGGCGAUCUGUCAGAGCAGGCCCGAUGCCAUCAUAGUGAUCGGAGAAGGCUCCCAAAUGGGCAUCAACGAGUGCCAGUUUCAGUUUCGCAAUGGACGGUGGAAUUGCUCUGCCCUGGGCGAGAGGACGGUCUUUGGAAAAGAGCUGAAAGUGGGUAGUAGAGAAGCAGCCUUCACCUACGCCAUCAUUGCUGCUGGAGUAGCGCAUGCAAUCACUGCUGCCUGCACCCAGGGGAACCUGAGCGACUGCGGCUGCGACAAGGAAAAACAGGGACAGUACCACAAAGACGAAGGAUGGAAAUGGGGAGGCUGCUCUGCAGACAUCCGAUAUGGAAUAGGAUUCGCCAAAGUGUUUGUGGACGCAAGGGAGAUUAAGCAGAAUGCAAGGACGCUCAUGAAUUUGCACAACAACGAGGCGGGGCGAAAGAUCCUUGAAGAGAACAUGAAGUUGGAAUGCAAGUGCCACGGUGUGUCGGGAUCAUGUACUACUAAGACAUGCUGGACAACUCUUCCUAAAUUCAGGGAGCUGGGCUACAUCCUUAAGGACAAAUACAACGAAGCCGUUCAGGUUGAACCAGUGAGGGCAAGUCGUAAUAAACGCCCAACUUUUCUUAAGAUAAAGAAACCACUCUCCUACCGCAAACCCAUGGAUACAGAUUUAGUGUACAUAGAGAAAUCGCCUAACUACUGUGAAGAGGACCCUGUCACUGGAAGUGUGGGAACACAGGGCAGAAUGUGCAACAAAACAGCCCAGCAGACCAACGGCUGUGACCUGAUGUGUUGCGGUCGAGGUUAUAAUACUCAUCAGUAUUCAAGAGUGUGGCAAUGCAACUGUAAAUUUCAUUGGUGCUGUUAUGUUAAAUGUAAUACGUGCAGUGAAAGAACAGAAGUGUACACCUGUAAAUGAAAGUGUGGCUUGGGAGGGGGAAACCUACAGCCUUGGAAUAAACACAUAUUUUUUUUGCACAUAAGCUCAGUGCACCUACACACGACUGUAGCAAAGACCCACACUGUUUCCAAAAGAAAAACCAGCAAAUGGAUCCCAUCUUCCCCUCUUAAUAUAUCAGCGCUUAAAUGGAGACCCAUCAAAGACUUAGAGAAAUAGUCCAAAAACAACAUCAGACUGUUUAAAAAAGGAAACAGAAACAAACAAGUCACCUAAUACAAAAAAAAAAAAAGUGGGGGGAAAUGCUCUCAGAUAUUCUGCGCCUUCAGAACAUAAUUUAUUGACUGCCUUAAGGGGAAAAGACCAUGUCCAGACCAAGGCAAGGGGCUCUUUGGGACUGGAUGAGUGAGAGAUUGAAAGGCGCCACGCAUAAAGAGAGGGCUGGGGGAAGCAACAAUUCUUAAACAUGGUCUUUGCACAGGAUGGGGUGACAAUGCGCCAGUGUGAAUUUCAACUUAAAGAGAGUGGAUUAAGCAGAUUUAGGGAUUUCUACACUUGUGAAAAGCUUCUGCUGGUCCUUCUGUCUUUCCGUUUUUUUCAGACAAUGUGCUACUGCAAGUAGGAUUGUUGAUGUUUUCCAUAUAAACACUGGUUUAUCUGCCUUUUUGUCGUGCUGCAGAUAUUUUAGCACAGGGAUUUGGGACAUCUGGGCAUAAUAAUAAUAGCAAUAUUUAACAAUUUAUCCAGAUAAAGCUAAUAUUAAUUUAUUUAAUUAAAAAGAACUCUACCGACAUUUUUGAAAACCAUUCUGCAUUUAGAUAGCCUGCUUUUUUUGUGGAAUAAUUUUGUAGAUAUGGAAAGCAGGGGACACCCUUGAGCUGUAUAUAUUAUUGUUUACUCAGAUAUUUCUACUAGUUGGAAUUGCAGGAUGUUUUCUCCUGCAAUAAUAGAUGUUAAGUACAAAAGCAGGCAUCUUUUAUAAUUUGUUUGGCUGUUUGCUGCUAGUUGUCUGGAAUCUCAAACCGAUAUUCAUCUUCACCUAGAUACCAGUGCAUAACCUGUCCAGUUUUUUUUAUUUUAUUUUAAGGAGCAUUACAUAAAUCCAGUUGGAAAUAAUGCAUCACACAUAAAUGCAAAACUCCAGACAAGUUUCCAUCUUUGGAAAAUGAACCAUAGGAUAAAAGAGUAUAUUUUGUAAGAGACUAUUUUUAUAUGAAUAUUUUAUUUAUACUAUGUCUGCUUGUAUAAUUCUAUAACCUGUACUUUUUCUCAAAACAGGCACACAAUUUGUAAUUGUUAGGCUAUUUAACAGAUAAAGGCUGAUUACUUUGUUGACCUGAAAGUAGAAAGCUGGAUGCAUUCAGUUGUUACUGGUGGAUGUACAAAAUACAGAAUGAAUUUUCUCUCCGGAUGUAUGUACAACGUGGCUCUUUUCCUGCAGUUCAAUUUGCAGAAUAUGCAGAACAAGAACAGGGUAUGUAGCAUCAGUUUUGUCACAUGGUUUGAAUUCAUGGUUGGUAUUAACUGGAUGCUCCUUUAUCCCAUUCAGAAAAAAAUCUGAAUUAGCUUCCCAGAUGCAUCAGUCAUUAAACUGUGGCGUUAUGACUA